CUGUCAUGCUUGGCAAAGUUAUCAUCAUCUUGGUUACCUUCUUGCUUCGAGACAUGUUAGGAGGAAUCACAGUAACCUUUCAAACACCAGACGUUCUUACCAUUUCUUACAUCAAGAAUAAUCCGGAUUUUUUUGAUUAUUGUGACAAACAGUUGAAUGAUGUAGUGGAAGGUUAUGCCCUAAGAAAGUUAGCCUGUGGAGCAUUAAAAUUGUCAGCAAAUGAUGAUCCACCCACCUCCUUUUCCGACAUGAAUGGCAUAGGUGGUAAACUUGUCACUGCUAAUCCCCGUGAUCCUGAUUACCGUAAUAAAGAAAAUCUGACCAAAAAUCCAGAACAAUGUGAUGAUGCCGAGCGCAAUCCUUAUGGGUAUACUAAAAUACCUAAUCUCCUUUCGCAUAAUCCAAUUACUUAUAAAUAUGAAUCAGCCGAUAUUUACACAGAGGACCCCACAUUCAUUGGGUUUCAAUCGAAACCUAAAACAUUCAAUAAUAAUGAUACUUGCUUAAAUAUUCUUGAUUUUAGAACUAGUCAGUUAUCACAUGAUGCACGAUAUGAACAGCAGUAUAUGACAAAAAUGGAUGCGCCAUUUAGUUUUACUUAUGUUGAUAUGAAAGUUUGUUGUAAUCGUCAGGUUUCUGUUACUGUCUCUCGCAGUGUCUUCCCCCAGACCCAUCUUUACGUCGAUGGAAAAAUGUUUAGUGAGCAAGAACAGACUGACCUUGGUCGGUUUAUCCUAUAUGGAGGCCGUCAGUCAGAUCCUUCUAAAUUAUCUAAAGAUGGUCAUGGGAAAAUUGCACCUUCUAGUAAACAGUUAACCUGGAUUAAAAAAG